UACAUAUUGCUCCAAUGGAGCUUCUUACUCUUUUGUACUCUGAAAUUCUUCUUUAAUGAAUAUUUUUUCAUUUAAGAAAAAAAUAAAAAAUAUUUUUGUAACUUAAAUUACUCUUAUUUCGAUUAAGUAACGUAAACAAGUCCAUAGAAAUAUACUUAUUUGUGUAAUUUUAUAGUGUUGUUCCAUGUUUUUAUCACAGGAAUCUCCACCAUUGGAGGCUCCUGCCGAAACUUCAAACACCAAAACGAAAACCAUACUAAAUCUCCUUCAAGGAUGCAACACCCUCAAAAAGCUUCGCAAAAUCCAUGCUUGCGUUAUCACAGCUGGCCUUCUCAAUCACCCCGCCAUUUCCACCAAGCUCCUCAACUUCUGUGCUGUCUCUGUCUCCGGUUCCUUACUCUAUGCUCGUCUUCUCUUCUAUCAAAUUCACAACCCCCAAAUCGAUCAUUGGAAUUCCAUCAUCAGGGGUUUUUCCCGCAGUUCAUCUCCUAUCCAAUCCAUAUUUUUCUACAACCAAAUGGUUUCAAUCCCCACUGGGUCUCGUCCAGAUACGUACACGUUCUCGUUCGUCCUCAGAGCUUGCGAGCGAGUGAUCAUUCCCUUGGCCGAUAGCAAACGGAAAGAGGUUCACGGUACUGUAAUCCGGUCUGGGUACGAUAGGGAUUUUGUUGUUUGCACGAAUUUGAUGAGGUCUUAUGCUGGGAAUGGUUCGAUUGAGAAUGCGCGGAAGGUGUUUGAUGAAAUGCCUGCGAGAGAUUUGGUGACUUGGAAUUCUAUGAUUUCUUGCUACGCUCAAGCGGGGUUUCACUGUGAGGCGUUGAAAACUUAUGAUCUUAUGAGAAUUGAGAAUGUGGGUGUUGAUGGGUUCACACUCGUUGGCUUGCUUUCGUCUUGUGCACAUGUUGGUGCUUUGAAUCUUGGAAUCGAAAUGCACAGAUUGGCUCGUGAAAGUGGAUUUUUGAAUAGAAAUAUUUAUGUGGGAAAUGCUCUUAUAGAUAUGUAUGCUAAAUGUGGAAAUUUGGAAGCUGCUCUUUCUGUCUUUGAUGGUAUGAAGAAGCGAGAUAUUUUUACUUGGAACUCAAUUGUGGUUGGCUAUGGCGUCCAUGGUCGAGGGUUGGAAGCAAUCGAGUUCUUUAGGAAAAUGGUAAUGGAGGGAGUCAACCCAAACUCCAUUACAUUUCUUGGUUUGUUAUGUGGAUGUAGUCACCAAGGUUUAGUUCAAGAGGGUGUCAAGUUUUUCAACUUGAUGCUCUCAAAGUACAACAUCAAACCCGAAAUUAAGCAUUAUGGCUGCAUGGUUGAUCUGCUAGGCCGAGCUGGAAAACUCAAACUAGCGCUGGAUAUAAUAAACAGUUGCCCAUCUCAGAACGAUCCAGUCCUCUGGCGAACUUUGCUUGGUUCUUGCAAGAUUCAUAAAAACGUUGAAAUAGGAGAAAUCGCCAUGAGGAAUCUAGUACAGCUUAGGGCCUCAAAUGCAGGGGAUUGUGUUCUUUUAGCUACAAUCUAUGGUGAAGUGAACAAUGCAGAUGGGGUUUCCACAAUGAGAAAAAUGAUAAAAAGCCAAGGAAUAAAGACCACACCUGGUUGGAGCUGGAUGGAAAUUAAUGAUCAAGUUCAUAAAUUUGUUGUAAACGACAUAUCACAUCCAGAUACUAAUGAAAUCUACAUGAAGUUGAGAGAAGUAAUCCAAGAAGUGACCUUGCUUGGUUAUGUGGAAGAAGAUUCAAUGUCUUUGGUGAGUUUAAAAGGUUUUAGUGGAGAAGGGUACUGUUGGGGAAAUGGUUCAUAUCACAGUGAGAAACUAGCUAUUGCUUUUGGGAUCUCAAGAACUCCAGUUGGGACAUGCUUGAGAAUAACAAAGAAUCUGAGAGUUUGUAGAGAUUGCCACUCAUUUACUAAGUUUGUUUCAAAAGCAUUUAAUCGAGAAAUAGUGGUAAGGGAUCGAGUUCGAUUCCAUCACUUUAAGGAUGGAGAAUGUUCUUGUAAAGAUUAUUGGUGAAUAAUGUUACUCAAUGAUUUUUGAAA